AUGAAGCUCUAUGUUCUCAUCAUGAAGCACUCGGAUGAAGAACAUAUCACAAUUGUUAACAGCAAUUUUGGCUUGGAUAAAAAAGGAGAAGGUCCAGAAUUAUGGGAUCUUUUCAAAAAGAAGUACGCCGGUAACAAGGCUCAUCACCAAAUGUUAGCUUUGGGUGAAUUCAUCAAUCUCAAGCUCAAGGAAACUAAAGAAUUUGUCAAGGAAAUUCGGAGUGGCAUCAGUAAAAUCAAAACAUCAGGAUUGGAUAUCAAGGAGCAAGACAUUGCGUUAUUGAUCCUCAAGAAGCUACCUAAAGAAUUUGAGUCCUUGAUCCAAAUCAUCAUACAAGAUAAAGAGAGCUUGAAGACAGAGGACAUUAUUCACAAGAUCAAGCAAGAUCACCUACAGUUUAAAUUGAAGAAAGCCAAAAAAGUAGCCAUGGUUGGCCAGCAACAAGUUCCAAAACAAACCAGCAAGUGUUACAACUGUGACAUCAUGGGUCACUUGGCAAAAGAAUGUUGCAAGCCUUGGACCAACUACAAGUACGCUCCGCCUAGAGCAAAUAUAGGAGAAGCUGAAGGAAUAAACACAUUGUUCAUAGCCAUGAAGGAAGAAGAACUCAAAGAAGAAGAGAUCAGUUUCUAUGAUCCCAUAGGAACCGAGAUUGGGAUUUUGGAAAUCUUGGGAACGAUGGGUUCUACAGCAAGGAAGAGGUUGCGGCUCACCAGGUAA